CGGAAAGGCGCGUCCGCCUGUAAACAGAAAAACUGAUGCCUGACGGUGAAGUCGGUCUGUUAGUGAAAGACUGUGACCGCAGCGGGACUGAGAGGAAAGCAUCCGUCAACACAAUGGAAUCAUCAGUCGCUCUGUCCAAGGCCAACACCACCUUCUCUCUGGCUUUGCUGAAAAAGCUGAGCGACAACGACAAGACCGCAAACAUCUUCUUCUCCCCUUUCAGUGUCUCCUCAGCCCUGGCCAUGGUGAUGCUGGGGGCCAGAGGCAACACAGCCACACAGAUGUCAGAGGUCCUUGCCUUCACAAAAGCAGAGAAGCCACAGAAAGCAGAGAAGCCACAUCAGAUGCAGAUGCAGAUGCCGAUGCAGAUGCAGCAGCAGGUCCAGUCCAGACUCCCACAGUACCUGCGCAAGUGUCUGAAAACACAGGACUGUCAGGACGACGUCCACACUGGCUUUGCCCACCUGCUGAGUGAGCUCAACAAGGCCGAUGCUCCGUACGCCCUCAGUGUGGCCAACAGACUGUACGGGGAGCAGUCCUACCAGUUUGUUGAGGAUUUCUUGGGAAAAACCGAGAAGCACUACAACGCAGAGCUGGAGUCUGUGAACUUCAAGACCAGCGCUGAGGCUGCGAGGCUCAACAUCAACAGCUGGGUGGAGAAGCAGACACAAGGUAAAAUUAAGGACAUACUGGCCUCAGGUGUGGUGGACUGCAUGACCAGGCUGGUGCUGGUCAAUGCCAUCUACUUCAAAGGCAACUGGAACAAGCAGUUUCGGGAGAGUGCCACGCGUGACGCUCAGUUUCGAGUCAACAAGAAUGACACUAAGCCGGUGAAGAUGAUGCACCAGAAAACUAAGUUCCCUUUGACCUUCAUCCCUGAAGCCAACUGCCAGAUCCUGGAGAUGCCUUACAAAGGGAAGGAGCUUAGCAUGCUCAUCUUUCUACCCAUGGACAUAGAGGAUGGUUCCACUGGUCUGGAGAAGCUGGAGAAGGAGCUGACCUAUGAGAACUUCGUGGAGUGGACCCGUCCAGACAUGAUGGAUGAGGUUGAGGUCCAGGUGGGCCUGCCUCGGUUCAAGAUGGAGGAGAAAUAUGACAUGAAGAAUGUCCUGGUCAGCAUGGGAAUGGGGGAUGCCUUCGACAUGGCAAGGAGUGACUUCUCAGGCAUGUCCCCGGCCAACGACCUGGUGCUGUCAGAAGUCGUCCACAAAGCUUUUGUGGAGGUCAACGAGGAGGGAACUGAGGCUGCUGCUGCCACCGCUGCCAUCAUGAUGCUGCGCUGUGCUCUGCGUCCUGCCACCUUCAUCGCAGACCACCCCUUCCUCUUCUUCAUCCGGCACAACCCCUCCGCGAGCGUUCUGUUUGCCGGCCGGUACUGCUCCCCUGUGUGAGCACUGCAUCGCUGAGAUCUCAACAGGAAGGAGAGGGGUUACAACACAUCUACAGUUCCAAUAGUAAAGCAUUUUAUUUGGUUUUAGCGUACAAAUGUUGAGAAUCACUGCUCUGGAAUUUCCUUUGGCGAAUCACACCCUGAGUUCCCGUCCUGUAUUUUCAGCUCCAGGAUGAUGAGUAAAAACUACAGUGCUGGAUUUUCUGACCUGUGGCCCCUGAACAUUAGCUUCUUGGACUGUUUGUCCUUUGCACCUAAUCUCACCCUGGCGUUAUGUCUGUAAUACUAUAUAUAUUUUAUUUGCUGCAGCCUCACACUCUAGUUUAUCUAUACCAUUAGUUUGUGUGCCUUAGACCCUUUGAAGGAAUUUGCCUUCAUGACUUCACCUUUUAUGCCUUUUUGCUGGAUUCUCUGCACUUUAUCUACAGAACAUGCAAUUUAACUGUUUUACAUAUUCAGUGAACUAAAGAGAAUAUUGUGAAUAAAUCACAAUCACAAUCAGUCAUUAUGUAAAGUGUGGCUAUGUUUAACUGUACUAUUAUGCAUAUAAUGAACAAAGACUAAAAAGAACAGGAGUUUACAUGAAGUUUGGAACUGGCACUGACUCCAGGUCACUCAUAUGUAUCCUUAUGCUUUUACAUGUGGAAUAAAGUGUGUGAUUAAAAACAAACAAACAAGUUAAUGUUUAACCUAAACUGUGUAUGUUGUCUAUACAGGGAAGAGUAAAUAUAUUACUGCAGCUACUUUUAGUGUUGUGUUCUACCCUGUCUUCAGGCAUUAAUAAUGUCUAAUAAUGAUCUAAGUGAUGAGUUUAAAGGGAUAUAAUGCACCUGCA